AAAGAUUAAUCUAAUGCCUAAAUUCAAGGGGAAGAAAAGGACAAGAAAAGGCAUGUAAAACCAGAUUCCAUUAGAGUAUUUGAAACAAAAUACAGUUUGGCCUCCUGUUCCCCAUUGUAGGACGUAAGAUUUUGCACCAAACAAAUCAUGGGAGGGAUCCUCUCUCCGAGUUAAUAAAACAGGAAGAUGAAUUUUUUGCAACAAUAACUGCCCUUACGUGUCAUCCCCUGAUCUCACUUAAUUUAACAAUUCACUAUCCCUUGUCAGAAUUCCUCCUGCAAACCUGCGUCGUCCAUUUUUCUCUUCCAGGAUUGAGUAGUCUGUCUCUUCAAGGGACAAUUUCUUUUGGAUCAGCUCAAAGGACAGACAACAGGUCUGAAGAAGAGACAAUUCAUGCUCCCUUUCUCAAGCAAGGACUAUCUAUUAGCUUAAGAAAGACCUCAAUUUGCGAUGCAUGAUUGAGUGAUUAUUGAUUGAUUUGAAGUAGAUCCUAACUGCCCAUUGUUUUUGGUGGGUCAUUAGCGCGAAAGCUGAAAGAGCAAUUUUUUUAGCGGGUCAUUGCCCUGAAAGACUAAAGGCUGAUCCCCAACAAUGAAGGACACUUCCCUGGCGAGAAAGAGGAACAUUACCUUGAGAUAUGACAUCAGUUCAAGCCUUGCUGCAGCUGGGAUAUCAAGCAGCCCUGCCAGGCAGAAGAAGCUAAGGAGGCUUCCUCAUGUUUUUUGUAGGGUCCUGGAAUUGCCAUUCAGCUCAGAUGUCCCUGUUGCAGUGGAGGAGAGUCAGGAGUGUUUCAGGUUUGUUGCAAGCUCUGAUGUCGUGUUUGAGGAGGUGUGGUUACAAGUUAUAGAGAUUUUUACUGGGGUUACCAAAGUUGUUGUUAGGGAAGGGGCUAACAGGCUGAGGAUUCCCUGGGAUGAAGCAGAAUUGGAUUCGUGGCGUUUCAGGCUGCCCUCGUCUACGCUGCCAGAGCUGUCCAGUGUAGUUUACAGUGAUGGGGAGCUUGUUGUUACUGUACCUAAAGAUGUAUCCGGUACUUCUCCUGAGGAAGACGACGAUGGCACCUUGAUUGAGGCCAGAGAUGAAGAUUUGGGUGCAGAGAAUGGGCACCCGAGAGGCAUCACCAGGACUGGUUGCAAUUCAGAAAAUCCAAAUGAAGAGGGCCCUGACACAGGUAAGUUUGAAGAACAAGUUUUGUAUAACAGCGAGACUGGGCUGAAUAAUGGGAGAGGAAGCCUCACUUUGAUGAGACCUGGCAUCCCUAUUGGAUCCCUUGUGGCUGUCCAAUGAUAAGUUGGCAUCACCCUUUCUAGGGCGGGUAUUGGAAUUCCGCAGAAACUUUAAGUUUUUCUUGUUGAUAAAGUCCGAACUUUACCGUGUUGCUUCAGUGUUUUAAUGCUGGUUAACUUCAAUAUAUGAAAUAAUUCUUCAAAAUUA